AAAGUUAACUAUUUUGGUGCAACUAGUUACACGGAUCAAAAAAAAUAUGGCGGAGAGAACUGCUGCAGAAUAUCAACAACAUUUUAUGCCACAAAAUCCUGUGUUGGCUGACCUUCUUGCAGCUACGGAUCGCGUUGAUUCCAUGGAGUCAUUGGAUGCAACUGAAAAUCAAACUGGCCCGAACAAAACAGAAUCGUUUAAAUUCCUUGAAAAUGAAUUUGGCUUUCCAGAUUUUCCGCAGGGAGACUUACCCAGCCUUGAGAGCAUUCUACAAGAACCAGAUGCAGACAUCUACAAUUUUGAAGAUCUUAAUUCUGUUAUUGGAGAUGUCAAAACAGAUGAUGGCACUGUGAGUAUUAUGAGUGAAAUGUUACCACUGCCUACCACUAAUCUUACUGAAUUGUUGAAACCAAAGAAACCAAAUGCACAUGGUUCUGUUCUUCGCCACGUGAUCUUGAAAAAGAUAUCUUCUCAAAUGAUAGAUGCUUGUAACAGAAGGGAUGCUGGUCUGCCAACAGCUAUGGCAGUGUCUAACAUGGUAGCUGUUGGGACUUCGCACGGUUUGGUACUCGUUUUUGAACCAAAAGAUCAAGUUUUAAAGUUAGUGCUUGGUGCAACGUCAGAUGGAGAUAAGUAUGGUGCUGUGACAGCGUUAGGCAUAAACGUGGAUUGUAGUCGCUUGUUGUGUGGCUACGCACGUGGUCAAAUCACUAUGUGGGAUUUAAAUAACGGCAAUUGUUUGCGUGUGAUCACGGAAGCUCACCCAACAGGCUUUGCUGUGCUACACAUUCAAUUUACAGAUGACCCAACCAUCGCCAUGUUGAAUGAUAGCAGUGGCUCUGUUUACACGUUGAGCUUUAAAAGAUUGAUCACAAGAACGUGUGAAUCUACUUGUUUCUUUUCCGGAAGCAAAGGAGAAGUGUGCACCAUGGUUCCCCUACAUAUCAGUCCAAACUUGAAAGACAGCCCAUUGUAUCAUUCUUCUUUACUUGCCAUGGCCUCACUAACUAAACUUAUCAUUGUGAAUAUGAAACCUAAACCAACGGCUGUGUUUACUAAGAAGUUGUCUGGUCCCCAAGACUGUUUACCACUCCUGGGCUGGCAUUUUACAAUGGUGGAAGACAAACAAGUUGUGCCUGUUUUAGCUUUUGCUCGCAACCAAACUAUUUUGUUUUAUCAAGUGUGGAAGGUUGACGAAGAAUACCAAUUUAUUCUCUUCCAAACUAUCAAAACGCGUUAUACACUCGUUGCGAUGAAUUGUUUCAACUCACAAAUUAUAGUAACGAUCGAUACGUUUGAACGCAUACGUACUAUUGACGUGCGAAGCAAGGAAGAGCUGGAGUGUUUAGAUUUGGGAUCAGUACAACUCGUGUACGGAAGUAGUUACUUCAAGUCUCUCUCUACAGGUGGUAACGUGAGUUGCGCGCUGAAAGCUGCUAGCGAGCAUGCCUGUUACCAAUCCGUACAAGUUUUUAACGGACAAUUAAUAUUGUUAGGGACGAAGUCGCUGCACUGUUUAACGUUACGUCAUUGGAAAGAUCGAUUGGAAUUUUUCCUCAAACGAAACGAAUUUAUUGAAAGUUUAGCGCUAGCGAAGUUGUUUUAUGAAGAGAAAGCAAAAGCUGUUGUUGGAUUAACGGGUUCGCGGAAAAGUAGAAAAGCGCAAAUUGCUGAAGAAAUAUCUGGUAUACUAUUGUCGUAUUUAGACGUAUCUAUGGCCGUAAACUGCCCGAAAACAAACGACGAAACAAUUUUAGCGCCGUAUUUUCGAAGUUUAGUACCUGCAAGUAUCGAAAAUUGUUUGCUGAUAAACGAUCUGGAUUUACUUUUUACGGAAGUGUACGAUCGAUUUGCCGACGAUGAUGUAGCGAAAAAAGAAUUCUUAGAAGCUUUGGAGAUGUAUAUACUUGAUGAUAAGUUGACGUCUUUGGCACCUGUCGUCAUGCGAGACCUCAUCGAGCAUUACGAGUCUACUGCGCAACUUCACAAGCUUGAAGCGUGUCUAGUGCAUCUCGAUCUGUUUUCGGUUGAUAUCGAUUACAUGGUGAAGUUAUGCUGGGCCCAUCGUUUGUACGAUCUAGUCAUAUACGUGUUUAACAAAGGGUUACACGACUAUCUCACACCGUUAGAAAAACUGAUUAAAAUUUUAAGUAAUGCUUUGAAGGAGAACAAUGGAGUGUUGAGUGAUGACGAUUUAGCAUUAGGUUGCAAGAUUUUAGUGUAUCUAAGCUGCUGUUUGGCUGGUAACCAAUAUCCUCUGGGUGUUAUAGAUAAAAACUGCGCCAAGGAGGUAAAGGAUGAUAUCUUUAACUCGAUCAUCAUAAAAAGGUCUGAACAUGCUAGCUAUUCAGAGACUUACCCCCAUGUUAGAUGUUUGUUGAUGUUUGAUACGAGAGAGUUUCUUAACGUUUUGUCUAUCGCGUUUGAGGAGAAAGAGUUUGAGCCAAAAAGUGAAGAAGAAGCUGUCGGCGCGCCGUCGAAACGACAGAAAGUUGUCGAUGUCUUGCUGCAAGUCAUGGUUAACGAUCAAUCAUUCUCACCUGCCCAAGUCGGCUGCCUUUUUACGUUUAUUGCUCGCCAAAUGGCGAAACAUGAAGGUACCAUACAAGUUAAUAAGUUAUUAUUUGAGCAAGUCUUAGAGUAUUUAACCAAUCCUGACGAGGAACGGCGUCACGAAGAACGAGAACAAGCGUUGUUGGAACUACUUGCAGCAGGUGGCUUGCGUCAGUUUCCCGACGAAAGAGUGCUGGCUCUUGCUGAAUCAGCAAAAUUUUACCGUGUUUGUGAAAUCAUAUACCAGCAAAAACGUCAGUACGAGAAAGUUCUGUCGUGUUAUUGGCGCGACAUGGCCCGGAAGACGCAAGCUUUUUCUUACAUCGACCAAAUGCUCUCUGACGAUUCUUUCACCGACUUUGAGAAAGAAGAAUUUGCGACCGCUGUAUUGAAAUGCAUGGAUAGGUUGGUUGAAAUCAACAGCAUGAAAUUCGCACGUUUAAUUAUCAAUCAUUUUCCAGCUUCGUUUAACGAAGUGGCUGGCAAGUUGCAGUACCAACCAGAAAUCCAGUACGCCUUUUUGAAAGGUGUUUUCCAUGUCAAGACAGACGCUAGGAAUGAAAAACAAAAGAGAAUAAUGCAGAUCGACCCGGAAAUACACGACCAGUUUAUCGAGUUGAUGUGUAAAUUCGAACCGGAAUCAGUGCAUCGUUAUUUGCAGGGAAACGAUGAGUAUCGCUUGGAGCAAGCUUUAGCUAUCGUGCAACCGAAAGAACUUGUUCACGCUACAGCAUAUCUUCUUGAACGAAUGGGCGAUGUAAUGAGUGCGUUUUACUUGCUAUGCAACGAACUUCAAGCGAAAGUCGAUACGUUAAAUCGAACUUACUUGGAAUUGCCCGAUGUCGAAGAAAUGACGGAUGAUUUGAGUGACGCGCUAAAGGGUGCCGGGAGAUCGUUACAAAACGUUAUGCAUUUAUGUCAAAGAAAUUCACAACGUUUGGAGAGAGAGGACAGGGAAGCCUUGUGGUUUCCAUUACUAGAGACAGUAAUGGCGCCUCAAAGAAAAAUAAAGAACACCUCCUCUAGUCAUUUUCUGGUGUUUAAAGAAUUUACUAAAGAUGUACUUAUUAACAUGAUGGCGUAUAUAUCCUUACCUGCUGUCCUACAAAAAAUCAUGCAAGAUCCCACCUACAGUUCUGGAAAGUUCGGAGAAAUCAAAGAACUCAUUCUUGGAAUGUUAGAUACGUACAACUACGAGCUUACGUUACUCGAAACCACAAACAAGUUGCUGGGAAAGGACUUGCAUGGUCAGUAUUACCAAGAGAAACAAUACCUUUCGCGUGGUUUUCGGCCUUCAUUGAAUCGAUGUUGCUUAUGUUCGCGUUCGUUUAAUAUGGAAAGUGUGAUCAGUGCCGAUGAAAUGGUACUGUUUCGUUGUGGUCAUUCUUACCACAGGCAAUGUUUGCAAGGAUCUGUUGGUUUUGACGAGGAGCUGGUGUGUGUGCAAUGCAACAAAACGAAUGUAAUCUAUACGGGUGGUUAUCGUCGCGGUAAUAGCAGAAUAGAGAACGGAAAAACAGCGGUAAAGAAGACCAAACCAAAAAACGAGAUUUUUAAAGUAAGUCUGACCAUGCAACAGGAGGCUGCUCUAAAUGGUUUAUCAAACCACGGAAACAAACUUUCGAAAGUAGCUAUACUGUCAGAUUUAAAUGGCGAUAAUUUUGCAGACUGGGCUUCCCAUAAUUCAUCGCGGGCGUUAAGCAAUGUGAUUCCACGCUCUUUUCUUCAAAAUCAAACGGGUAUUACGGUGGACGAAAAGUUUUCCUUGCGUUUAUCUCCACCUCCAAGAAAAAAUACUUUGUAUUAAAUAUAUGUAGGCCAUGUUUUAAUAUAUGGAGUUUGUAUUUUAAAUCAAUUUGUUUACUAAUUUUCUAUUUAGAAUUCCCGUCUUUAGUUAGUCAUGUUUUUUUUAUUCAUAUUCAUUUAAGACCUCGACGCUUCUUCAGAACGAAUCACAUUUCCUCUUAGAUUAUCUAUUUGACCACAGAUUUGAUUGAAUCGAGGCAAAAAGCACGGAAAAUUGAAGUGUUGUUUUUUCUUCGGCAUAUAAAAACAGAUGAAAAUCUACAAGUUAUUUUUUUUUGCUCAUUUCCGAAAAGAGUUUUCAGUUCUUACAAAUAAAUAAUAAAUCCAACAGUAGAAAAACUUAUUUAUGUUUCCUGAAUAGCUUUGCAAAAAGGUUCGUUGGUAAAAAGCGACAAAUUAUUUAGCAGGCGACAAAUAUUUUUACCGACGAAUGUUUUUUCGCCGACGAAAUAUUUUACGGAUAAAGUUUCUACCAAUAAGGUAGAUUUCUUCCCAAGAUACAUUUCUGCAGCAAACAGUUCAUGCAAUUUCCUAAAAAUUCCAUGCGUGUGUUUGUUGUGGAAUAUUUAUAUGUGCUUGUAGUAUUAUCUAGUUGUGUUUCUACCUAAAACCAAAAUCUAAUUUUUUAACAUAAAAAUUCUAAAAAUCUCCAACAAAACUGUAAAAAAUUUUCUGAAAUUUCGAGUGAUAAACUUGUAUAUGCUUAAUUUUAGAUCCAUUUGAUCUAUGAUGUGCUUAAAACCUUUGUUUUUCUGUUUGUGUAUUUUCAACCAUGAAACUGCAGGAUUUAUUUUUACCAUGUUCAGAUCUCUCAUUCUCUCUUAGUUUUUAUGUUUUUUUUUUUUUUAAUUGUAUAUAAUUUGUAAAUAUUAUACUUCCGAUUAGAUUUCGUUAUGUUAUUCUUUCGUGCGUACACGUGUGUGAGUGAUUUUUGUGCUCUCUUCCCUGCCGUUGUCUUUCAAAUCAUAAUAUAGAUAUCAUUUUUCUUUCUCUCUCAAGAGAUGACGUCACCUGUUGUGAUUGUUUUCGCUGUGAUGCGAUGGUCAAA